GUACUUACGCACCUUGCUGCAUCACCAUUUCACUUCACAACACUUCUCAGUUUAGAGCUCAUCAGCACAACGUCCAAGCUUCUUUUAGGCAAGAUGAACAGGAAGCCAGGAGACUGGGACUGCAGGGCAUGCCAGCACCUCAACUUCAGCCGCCGGGACCUAUGCCAGCGCUGCGGCGAGCCUCGUGGUGCCGCUGACCGUGGCAGCGUUGGUGGUGGGCUUGGUGGUGGUGCUCUUGGUGGUGACUACGCCAACUUCGGUGCCCGUGGCGGCGGAGGUUCCUCCUUUGGCGCUGGCUUCGGUGCUGGCUCUGAUGUCCGCCCGGGCGACUGGUACUGCACCUGUGGCGCGCACAACUUCGCCAGCCGCUCUAGCUGCUUCAAGUGCACUGCCUUCAAGGAGGAAGCUGCCAUCAACGGUGGCGCUGGUGGCUUUGAUGGUGACAUGUCACGCUCAAGGGGCUUUGGCUUUGGCGCCGGCGGCAUGGGUGGUGGCAUGGGUGGUGGCAUGAGUGGUGGCAUGGGUGGUGGCAUGGGUGCCGGCGCUGCUGGUGGUCGUUCCAGCCGCCCUGGCUGGAAGUCUGGCGACUGGAUUUGCACCAGGUCUGGAUGCAACGAGCACAACUUUGCCAGCAGGCUGGAGUGCUUCAGGUGCAACGGCCCGCGGGACUCCGGUAGCGCCACGCCAUUCGAAAACUUCUUGCACUGAGGUGUAGGGAGCUGGCCCAA